AUGCCAUCCAAGCUGUCGCAGAAGAGCGUCCUUGGGCUGUCUAUGGUGGCAGCCCUGGCCCAAGUCACUCCAACCCUUGCUUUUGACUACGGAGCUGACAAGGUCCGUGGUGUCAACCUUGGAGGUUGGCUCGUCUUGGAGCCCUGGAUCACACCUUCAAUCUUCGACUCUGUCGGUGAUGCCGCUGUGGACGAGUGGUCGCUGUGCGCUAUGCUUGGCACAGACCAGUGCCGAGCAGUUCUAUCACAGCACUGGGGCUCCUUCAUCACAGCCGAUGAUUUUAACCAAAUUGCUGCUACCGGAAUGAAUCAUGUCCGCAUUCCCGUUGGAUACUGGGCAGUGACUCAUCUGCCCGGCGACGCAUACGUCGAUGGCCAACUUGAGUAUCUGGACGCGGCAGUUGGCUGGGCUCGUGCUGCUGGUCUCAAAGUUAUUGUUGAUCUGCACGGGGCUCCGGGCUCCCAAAACGGCUUUGAUAAUAGUGGAAAGCGUGGUGCCAUUCAGUGGCAACAGGGUACUACUGUUGAUGAAACCAAGUCUGCUCUCGAGCAACUUGCUAAGCGGUAUGCCGGUGAUACCGAUGUCGUCACCGCAGUCGAGGCGCUUAACGAGCCCAGUGUCCCUGGUGGAGUAAACGAGGAUGGUCUUAAGCAAUAUUACUAUGACUCCUGGGGUGUGGUUCGUGAGGCGAACCAGGAUACUACUGUCGUCCUUCACGAUGGCUUUAUGCCUACCGAAUCCUGGAACGGAUUCAUGAGCGAGUCCACCGGCGUCUGGUACGUCAUGAUGGAUACUCAUCACUAUGAAGUUUUCGACAAUGGCCUUCUCGCUAUGGAUGCGAGCUCUCACGUCAGCACUGCUUGCGGCUUUGUGAAUGACCACGUUCUUCACAGCGACAAGUGGACUGUUGUUGGAGAAUGGACCGGUGCCAUGACUGAUUGUGCUAAGUACCUCAACGGCAAAGGAGUUGGUGCUCGUUACGAUGGUACCUAUCAAGGCAGCACGGCACUCGGCAGCUGCGAUGGCAAGUCUGUUGGCAACAUGGACACACUCUCCGAGGACGACCGGACCAAUAUUCGUCGCUUCAUUGAAGGCCAGCUGGAUGCUUAUGAGAAGGGUAAUGGCUGGCUCUACUGGACCUGGAAGACCGAGGGUGCUCCUGAGUGGGACAUGCAAAUGCAGAUUGCUGGAGGCGUCUUCCCGAACCCAGUCACUAGCCGUCAAUUCCCCGGCCAGUGCUGA